CUUGUCAACCCAGAAUUUUACCCGGUUUGACGAGAUCGGAUCAAGCCAAGUUGAGUACCUGCGGAUGCUUGUUCAAUUGCCAUCCUUAUUGUCAGGCUUAGUACCUCGAUGGCUAUGAAGCUUCUAAUGGAAGGGGAAUUCCUUGGUGACUUGUGAAAUCCGCGGCGUAAGGUAUCGCCUGACGUGGGGCUUCUCCGGUAACGUGGCCAACUGAACUGGGAACGUUCCUUGCUUCCAAUUUCUCUGCGGAAGAACGAACAAGAGAGAGGAGAAAGGCAGGCACCAGAUCCAAAAUCACCCCAAUUACUUCUUCCAUCUCAAAAACCCUAAUAAAACGACACCAAUCCUAAGUCUUCGCAUUCGUCAAAACGCCGGAUUUCUCUCGUUUGCAACACAGUAAAAAGAGAAAUGGCGGCGGUUCCUGUGGCCAGGUUCCCCAUCUUCAUCGUAGUCCGGCUGCUUGGGGCGAUCGUCGCCGGCUUGGUUCUGACGUGGACGGUACAUUACAGGGGAGGAUUGGCUCUCGUCUCCGACAACAAAGAUCUCAUCUUCAAUGUUCAUCCAGUUCUUAUGGUAAUCGGGCUACUACUCAUGAAUGGUGAAGCCAUGUUGGCCUACAAGACGGUCCCAGGAACAAAAAACUUCAAGAAACUCGUGCAUCUCGCGGUGCAGUUUCUCGCCCUCUUCCUGAGCUUGAUCGGUGUGUGGGCAGCACUGAAGUUCCACAAUGACAAGGGCAUUGACAACUUCUACAGUCUCCACUCGUGGUUAGGUCUUGCAUGUGUUUUCCUCUUCAUCGUUCAGUGGGCAGCUGGGUUUGUGACCUUUUGGUAUCCAGGUGGUUCGAGAAACAGCAGAGCGACUUUGAUGCCAUGGCAUGUCUUUUUCGGAGUCUUUAUAUAUGCGCUCGCUAUUGUUACAGCUACAACUGGUCUCUUGGAGAAAGCCACGUUCCUUCAAGUGAACAACGUGAUAUCACGUUAUUCAACUGAAGCUCUGAUGGUGAACUCAUUGGGAGUCUUGAUCGUCAUUCUUGGUGGCUUUGUUGUUCUGGCGACGAUAAGUCCUCUUCACGGCAAAGCAGAAAUGCCCAGGAACGCCACGGAUUAGGAACCACACCUUGAAUCGUCCUGUAGAUCGAGGCUCGCCUACUGCACAUAACACACCGGGCUUCACUACAGGAGCCUCUAACACCAUUCUGCAUUUGAUAGCUGUGUGAAUGCUGGGAAAGUGAGGUUAACUCACUCGGGCAGCUUACACCGAAAUGCUAUUUAAGGAUGUGCAAACUUUCGCACUUGCACCUUUUAUGGUUCUUUUAUGAAUGUAAUUCAUUGAUCAAGUUUGGCUACUUACUGUUAAUUGUCUCUCUCUGUUUGCUCCUUUCCCGUGUCUGAAUUUGUCAAAACUUUGCUGUACCGGUUCAGAGAUAUAAGAAGCAAGAACGAAC